UAGGGUACUAAAACCGAUUCGUAUGUGAAUUUCAAGGGUUCAGUAGCAGAUUGUAGAAGCUUAAAGCCAUAGAGUAGUGAAUUGAGCCAGGGCCUGUUGUGAGGGCAUGUUCCUUCCAACAGAUGUGAAGUAGAUUUGCCAUCGGUACUGAACGUUUCACCUUGUAUACGCUACAGAAGUUUGUUUCACUGUACCUGUUGCACAAGAUAUGAUUAUAUCAGUCAACUCGUUGUUGGACAUGACAAAGACAAAUGGGACACAGGCAUAUUUUUUUUUUGAGACGGCUUCAUCACAAGCCCUUCUUAGAUCGUAUUUGACUUAGUUGGAUUUCAACUUAGUCUGAAUUCGACAUCUGAUAUUUUGGUGUACAAGCAGUGUUCGACGGGAUGGCAGACACCAAAUCGAGUCAAGAGGUUGACCUUAUUCUGGAUAUACUAGAUAUUGUCGGGACCGUAGUCUUUGCCAUCGAGGGUGGACUCAGUGGAGCGCGAGAAGGAUGUGACAUCGUCGGGAUGAUCAUCUUUGCCUUCGUAACCGCGUGCGGGGGUGGCACAGUGCGAGAUCUGAUCCUGGAUCUUCCGGUUUUCUGGAUUUCCAAUGCACUGUACCUCUACCUGAGCAUGGCGGCUGUGGUGCUAGUGUAUAUAGUGUCUUUCUUUAAGGACCUGAGUGUCUUCCCCCCGUUUCUGAUGAUGUUGUUGGACGCCAUUGGGCUGGGUGCCUUUGUUGUCAUGGGUGCCACCAAGUCUCUGCAGCUGGAUCUUCCCAUUCCCACGUGUAUCUUCAUGGCUGUGCUGUCCGGUGCGGGCGGGGGUGUCAUCCGUGACACUCUGAGUGGGCGCAUUGCAACCGUUUUUAAAGAGGAUGUAUACUGUGUAUCAGCGGGGCUGGGUGCGUUCAUCUACUCUCUGUGCUGGAAGCUAAUAGACAAUCUCGACGGCACAGGCCUCAUCAGUUUGACAGUGUGCACCAUCCUACUCGUCACCGGUGUUCGAAUUUUGGGUUACGUAUACCACGCGAAGCUUCCGAAACCGAAACAGGUCCUUCGACAGAUGACCAGGCCGCUAUCAUACAAGAAGUCCGGGAUCACUACCAACGACAGCCACUCCCAAUCGGGCGGCAGCGACCAGCCGCGGGAGCCUGAGGGAUUUCUGAUUGAAUCUCAGGUGUAUGAGGAUCUGGAUCGGGGCAUAGACAUGCUCAAUGAUAUCAUGCGCCAGCGCCUGCAGGACAGAGAAGUGCUGCGGCCGGAUAAGAGUGGUCUGGACGGGUCUUUAAGGCGAGAUAUGGCGUUUAUGGGCCCACGAGAGGCCGUACGCCGGCGGUUGCAAAGUGAGAGCAGCAAUAUGACCCUGAGCCACACCAACGAUGAUGGCGGAUCACGCAUCAACGAGGAUCGUACACUCGCGGCGCGGAUGGGGUCAGAGCUCAACAUACCGAUGGGCACAAUCAACAGACAGCCGUCGUCUGGCAGCGCUGGGUCGUAUGCGACGGGGGUGUCUGUAUUCUCGGCAAUGCCGGAUGAAUACGACGGUAUGGACAAACGCCGCGUAUCGUUUGCCGAUGAAGCGAUCGGACCGCCGGGAAGUCCGCUGAGGCUGAAUGUGGAUGUCACUACUCCCGAGAAGAGCAGUCUCUUUGGGGAUGGUAUAGGUAGUAGUAAGGCAACAGAGAGUAAGGAGAAAAUGAGUACGGGCGAGUCACAACUGGAUAUGGUAGAUCAGAUGUACACGAGCGAAGACAGGAGUGAGGGUGGAGAGGAGCUGCCGGCGAGGCUCAGCGAUAUCUUAGAGAGCACGCCGUCCGUAUUGAAACUGACGAAGGGCCCCGGCCGACGGAAUCUUAAAUAAACAAAUUAUAGUAGUAUAAAAAAUAAAAGAUUGUUUAUUAGAACACCC